ACAGUCCGCCAGUAUCCCGUCAGCCUCACAACAGGGGGAAGAAAACAACAGCGGCUGCGUCUCGUCGCUCGAGGAGAAGACCGCAGAUAUGUCUGAAAAGAAGCAAACGGUAGAUUUGGGGUUGUUAGAGGAGGACGACGAGUUUGAGGAAUUUCCAGCUGAAGAUUGGACUGGGCUGGAUGAAGAUGAGGAUGCACACGUGUGGGAAGACAACUGGGAUGAUGACAACGUAGAGGACGACUUUUCAAAUCAGCUGAGGGCUGAACUAGAAAAACAUGGCUACAAAAUGGAGACGUAGUUGUCGUCAAUCGGAAUUAUGCCUAUGGACUUUAAUGGAAUUUAUACUGUUGUUGCGAAGUACACAGUGAAGACUGAUAAAUCAACUCCAUUUACUAUUACAUUAUUCUUUGUUAAAUAAAGUAUUUUGAAAACAAAA